AUGUUCAAAGGAAAUCUGUAUAUCUUUAAAGAUUUGGCAGAUCUAAAUGAAAUAUCAUAUCCAGCAAUUAUUUUUUCAGCUGAAGCGCCUGAAUCAUUUGAAAUGAACAGUGAUUGUCUAAGGAUUUCUUCAUUGCCUCUAAAAAUGCUCAAUGAUCUUGAAAACAGGGCAGGAUUUUACGAAAAUUUAUUAAUUGAAAGCUGGCUAGGUGCAAUACAAAAAGAAGAAUAUCUUCCGAAUAUCACAUAUGGAUUUGAGUGCUUUAGUAGCAUUCAGAGUGAAAAUGUUUUGCAUGCACUUUUUAGAUUUGAUUCUUUUAAUACAUUUCUUAUUUAUGCCCCAACUGACCCUCAAUUAGAUCUCUUGAGUCUUAAUCUGGCAAGAUUUAUUAGAAGGUAUCAGAGAAUAAAAGAGACAAGGCGCGCUGUUAGAGGAGGAGGGUGAAUUCAAAAGCAAAUAUCUGAAAAUAUAAGAAACAGCUAUUUAUCAGGCGUAUUUCAAAAAGUUGGAGAAUUAGGAUCUGGAAAAGAAGUGUGGGAUGAUAUGGAAAGUCUGAGUUUUAUGACAACGAAAAGCUUUGAAAUUUUUUCGAUCAUAAUAACUUUUAUUUACUCCCCCCCCCCCCUCCGUGAGCGAACAAAAUUUUUUUGUUCGCUCACGGAGGGGGGUUAAUUUUUUUUUUUUAAAAAAAAUUUAUAUAUAAAUUUUAUAUAAAAAAUAUUUUUUUCGAAAUUUAAAAAAAAAUCCUAAUUUUGCAAAAAUUGGGAAGCAAAUAUUAAUUUAAUUUGCAAAAUUUAUGUUUUAAAACGCAAUUUGUUUAAAAUUAAACAGAAUUAGCUCUAGAUUUCAUUAUACUAAUUAUCACUUAUAUAUCAAAAUUUUUUUUCCAUUAAAAUUUUUUCUAUUAAAAAAAUUUUUGUUCACUCACGGAGGGUGGGUUUUUGGUCAAAAAAUGGCGAUUUUUCUAAUGGUUUUGUUCGCUCACGGAGGGGGGGGGGAGUUAG